UGAAAUAGCCUGUACUUAUAAUCUAUUUAAAAGUAAUAAUGGCGUAUUAUUCAAGUCAUGUAUUUAAAAUUUUUAAACUUACCUUGACGUAUACCUAUACAUUCACAGAUGAGACAAAAGAGAAACGAGAGGAACCAUACGACCCGUUGUUUCUGCCAUUAACCAAACUGGGCUCUAAAACGCGAGGCCAGCCGUUCCUCUGCAUCGUGGGCCAGGUGCUCAGUCUCGGCUGGCUCAAAUACAAGACCUUUGAAGAUGUCAAUGCGAUUGUGGCCUUGUUGCUGCCCUCAUUAGCUUGCAGAUGCAUAGACAACAACGACUUACUGUCUUUGCAAGAGAUUCUUGUCACGAUGGAUAUAAAUGCUGGAGAUUAUGAUGGCAACACUGUCAUGCACAGAGCUUGUGAAAAGGGCAGAACUGAUAUGGUUAAAUAUUUACUGUCUAUUGGAGCAGCAUGCCAGCUGAUAAACCGCUUUGGUUGCACACCUCUGCAUCUUGCCAUAAGAAACAAACACUUUGACGUGAUCAAGAUUUUGAUAGUGGAAGGAGCCACAGUGAGCCUAAAUCCUGUGCGAGUUGGCAUGGGACUCAUCAAGGCGGUUCUGACUAAAGACUGUCAGCUUUUGCAAGCAUGGUACUUAGCUGGUGCAAACAUGAACCAGGGUGAUUAUAAUGGACAGACCGCUUUACAUGCAGCAGUGGAGAAGAGGGACAAGAACUUGGUGUCCAAACUUCUUGAAUAUGGCGCCACCCCAGAGAAUAGGAAUAUGUGGGGAAGGACAGCAGAAGAUGAAGCAAGACAGAAAAAUCUUCAUGACAUUGUGGUGCUCUUCAAUCAACUUUACUUUUUCUAACAGCAGCUUGCUGUGUAGGACCUAGUCAAGCGGACCAGCUGAUAUCAGAUACAAAAGCAUAUUACUUUCAAGUUUUUUACCUUGACAACCAAGUUAAUUCUUAGUAAAGAAUUCUAAGUGCUAGUCUAAGCGCUGUAAAUGGCUGACAACUCUCAACUCUCCUCCUAAUGUUUACACAAGAAAUCAAUUCAAAUAAAGCAGGCAUUUUAUCAUUUAUUUCAAAACGAAAAGCAUAAGUUGGUGCAUAUGCAUGAAAAGUUAAACUAAUCCAGGGUUAACAGAGUCUAGUUGAGUCAUUCUUGGUAGAACUGCAUGAACAUAUUUAAUUUGUGCAAUUAACACGUGCACACGUUGUCGUCAUCUUGAAUAUCCUUUGCAUGUACAUUUUGUACUGUCCAGCACAAGUUGCUGUCGUUUGUUGUUGAGUUUAGUAGACAUAGCUGGCAGUAAAGAGGGACUGU